AUGAGGACCUCAUUUCCACUUUCACUUCUGGCUCUCAUCAUCGGUUCUCGAUUGUGUGCCGGUAGUGCAACCCCAAAUCUUCAGUGGGAUCCUGAAACAAUCGACUCUUGCGUGGAGUGGUACGACAACGCAGACGGCGAGACAUGUGAAUAUGUCAGAAAAUACUUUGGAAUCACUCCCGAGGAGUUUACUGCAUGGAACCCUUCUGUUGGCCUCGACUGCAAGCCGUGGAGGUACCAGUCUUACUGUAUAGUAACCAAAGAGAGGCUGGCCACUGCAUCAACGAAGCCGACAACAACCGAACCGACAAUUACUAUCACGCCCACCCCGUUGACUACCACCCUAGGACCCUCUCCUGCUGCUUGGACUCCCCUGGGCUGUUAUGUGGAUAACGAUACUACCUGGCCAGUGCUGGAGAAGCGCUUCAGCAAGGAGGGUGGCGACGCGGCUUUGACAAUCCCAAAAUGCGAAGAUACUUGCUACCGCGCCCAAUUCGAGUUCGCGGGUGUCAAAGAGGGCAAUGAAUGUUGGUGCAGCAGCUUCGUCGCUGGCGAGCGGACACGCAACGAGACCGACUGCAAUACGCCGUGCAGCGGGGACAAGACCAAAAUGUGCGGCAGCAAGGACCUCAUCAAUGUGCUUGCACCUGACUGGGAAGCUACGAGCGAGGUAAAUGAAAACACAUCGCCUGAAGCUGAUGCUACGACGAAGGUGAAAAGUGAGGUUGUCAGUGGCUCGACAGAGGUGGACGGCACCGUCGUCAGUGCCCAUUCUUCCUCCUCAGGAGGCAUGAGAUACCGCGCGCUAUUCCGAUGGCCAUAUCUAAAUAUUUAG